CACCAUCCCACCAUCACCUGUCUUCAUGAGGCAGUCCCUUGCAGCUAACUACCCCCAGGCAUAAUGUCGUCAAUUGCUAAGGGCAGGCCAUCCCGGCGCUCUGCCGCUCGAAGAAGCUAUGCCAUAGAAGAAACGUCCGAGUCGGAGGAUCCUGGAAAUGUUACGCCAACGGCCUCCAAUCAUGGCGGCGGCGACGACGAUGACGAAGAAGAAAAUGAAGAGGAAUAUACCCCCGUCCCGAAGAAAAGGGUUUCGAUGAAGAGCACAUCUCGACGUCGAUCGACAGCUGAGGCACCCACGCCCAGCACUGCACGCCCCAGAAAAUCACGACAGUCACAAGCGCCCGAGGAAUCGGAUGCAUCGCAAGUAGCUGAGGAACCCGCUCCCCGCCCCAGAAAAUCACGACGUUCACAAGCCCCCACGGAAUUCGAUGCAUCGCAGGCUCCCACUCCCAGCACUGCACGCCCGAGAAAAUCACGACGAUCACAAGCGCCAGAGGAAUCGGAUGCAUCUCAGGUCAGUGAUGCGAACGAAGAAGGUGUCAGUAUGGCCAGUGUAGAUGAAGAAGAAGAGCCCGAGUCGCCUUCGCGCAAUGCCUUGAAAAGAAAGAAGCCUUCGAUGUCGCCGCAAUCACAACCGCGAUCGCAGACAGACAGCGUACCCCCGCUUCCCGAUACCGCCGAGCCCGCCGUGAGCCAAACGCCGUCGAAGGCCGAAGAAGAGCAAAAGUCGCAAAUCCAGAUGAUUAACCCUAAUGCGACCGUUCUCGAGAAACCGAUGGAUAUCGUGAUGAAGUCUCGCAACCUUGCCCAACCAGUGGUGGAGGAGCCCUCAGAACCCAAAUCACGGCUUAUCAUUACAACGCUUGUUUUAACAAACUUUAAGAGUUAUGCAGGAAAACAGAUUGUCGGGCCCUUCCAUGCAUCUUUUUCCUCUGUCGUCGGCCCGAACGGAUCCGGAAAAUCUAACGUGAUCGAUUCGUUGUUGUUUGUAUUCGGAUUUCGUGCCAGCAAGAUGCGCCAGGGCAAAGUAUCCGCUUUGAUUCAUAACUCCGCUGAAUACCCCAAUCUCCCUCAUUGUGAGGUUGAGGUCCAUUUCAAGGAGGUCAUAGAUUUACCCGCCGGAGGACAGGAAGAAGUACCAGAUUCCCAACUGAUCGUCUCUCGAAGAGCCUUUAAAAACAAUACUAGUAAAUACUACAUGAACGGCAAGGAAACCAACUUCACCGCGGUAGGAACUCUCCUACGUGAUCGUGGCAUCGAUUUAGAUCACAAGCGUUUCUUGAUCCUACAGGGAGAAGUCGAAUCGAUCUCCCAGAUGAAAUCGAAGGCAGCAAAUGAACACGAAGAUGGCCUUUUGGAGUACCUUGAAGAUAUCAUUGGAACCUCCAAGUAUAAGACUCCCAUCGACGAAGCUGCCACCGAGCUUGAGACCUUGAACGAUGUCUGUAUGGAGAAGAACGGCCGUGUUCAGCACGUGGAGAAAGAGAAGGCGGCUCUCGUGGACAAGAAAGACAAAGCUCUUUCUUACAUCCGCGAUGAAAACGAACUAUCUCAGAAGCAAUCCACGCUUUACCAAAUAUACAUCGAAGAGUGCGCAGACAACAUCCGAGUCACUGAGGAAGCGAUCCUACAGAUGCAAGAAUUGCUCAACCUCGAACUGGAGAAGCACGAAGGCAACGAAUCUGGAAUCAAAGAAAUGGAGAAAGCCUACAAGCGUGGUAUGCGGGAAUAUGAGAGCAUGGAGAAGGAAGCCCAAGGAUUGAUGAAAGAGAUGGCCAAGUACGAUAAAGAAUCCGUGAAGUUCGAAGAGAAGAAGAAAUUCCUGGUCGGAAAGCAGAAAAAGUUGGAAAAAUCUAUGCAAUCCACCCGCCUUGCGGCCUCCGAGUGUGAGAGCUUGGUGGAGAAGCACACUUACGACAUCGAGAAAAAGACUGCCGAGACUACACAGCUUGAAAAGGAGAUGAAGGUGGAAGAAGAAGAGCUCUCCACGAUUCGCGAGGGGUUGAAAGGUAAGACCCAGGGUCUUUCCGACAAAAUCACCGCGAAGCAAAAGUCUCUUGAGCCUUGGGAUGCAAAGAUCAACAAAAAGCAAUCUGCUGUUGCCGUGGCUCAGAGUGAGCUUGACAUUCUCCGUGAAAGAAGCAAUGCUGGUGCCGUACUGCUGGAAGAAGCCCAGUCGAAGGUUGCCUCAAUUGAGGAAACCCUAUCCACCAAGGAAACCGAUAUGGAGGAGCGCAAGGCCCAGAAGGAGACUUUGGAGCAGGAAGUGGCAAAACUUCGAGGUGACCUCAAGAAGUACUCCCACCGAGAGCCAGAGAUCCGUUCUCAUGUCUCCAGCGCUCGCCAAAAGGCAGACGAGGCACGGGCUAGUUUGGCCAGCACUCAAAACCAGGGAAGUGUGUUAUCUGGUCUAAUGCGCCUCAAGGAGUCAGGUCGUAUCGACGGUUUCCAUGGUAGACUUGGAAACCUUGGCGCCAUUGACGAAAAAUACGAUGUUGCGAUUUCCACGGCUUGUCCUGCCUUGAACAACAUGGUAGUUGAAACUGUUGAAGUUGGUCAGCAGUGUAUUGACUACCUGCGAAAGAACAACCUGGGUAGAGCCAAUUUCAUUCUGCUGGACCGUCUGCCCCGAAGAGAUAUGUCAACGAUCUUCACUCCGGAGAGCGUUCCUCGUCUUUUUGAUCUUGUAAAACCCAAAGAUCCAAAGUUCGCACCUGCGUUCUACAGUGUCAUGCAAAACACGUUGGUAGCCAAAGACUUGGAGCAGGCCAACCGCAUUGCCUAUGGCGCUAGACGCUGGAGAGUGGUGACCCUCGAUGGUCAACUCAUCGAUGUGUCCGGAACCAUGAGUGGUGGUGGUACCCGUGUAGCAAGAGGUGGAAUGUCCUCGAAACAGGUAGCCGACACAAGCCGGGAGAAGGUAUCACAACUCGAAGGCGAUCUUGACGAGAUGGAGCGCAAGUUCCAGGCAUUCCAAGAGAAGCAAAGACACGUUGAAACCUUGAUCAGAGAAAAGUCGGAGGAAAUUCCCCGAGUCGAAACCAAGAUUCAAAAGAUCAUGAUCGAAAUUGAGAGUGCCAACCGCAGUCUUGCAGAUGCUCAGCGACGAGUAAAAGAAUUAGGCGCUCAGCACAAGCCCUCCAAGACCGAUGCAGGCCAGGCUACGGCUCUCGAAGAACAGAUUGCUUCUCUUGAGGAACAGAUCGAAGAACUUCGCGCCGACAAGGGUGGAAUUGAAGAGGAAAUUCAGACCCUCCAGAACAAGAUCAUGGAAGUCGGUGGUGUCAAGCUAAGAAGCCAGAAGGCCAAGGUUGAUGGGCUCAAGGAGCAGAUUAGCCUGCUUGCUGAUGAAAUUUCUAACGCGGAAGUUGAGAAGUCUAAGAAUGAAAAGCUCAUCAGCAAGCACCAGAAGGCUCGCGCCGAUUCGGAGAAGGAACUUGGACAUGUUUCUGAGGAACUCGAGAAACUGGAAGAAGCUGUUGAGAACCAAACCAACGACGCGUCUGACUGGAGGCAGAAGGUAGAAGAAGCCCAAGAGGCCGUCGAGACAAAGAAGGCCGAGUUGAAGGCCCUCAAGGGUGAAUUGGAUGAAAAGGUAGCCGAGUUGAAUGAAACCAGGGCCACGGAAAUUGAGAUGCGCAACAAGCUCGAAGAGAACCAGAAAGCUCUGUCAGAAAAUGAGAAACGGGGCCGAUACUGGGCCGAGAAGCUGUCGGCUAUGAAAUUACACAAUGUUAGCGACCUCGGUGAUGAGCAAGAAGCGGUCGAGCUCCAAAUGUACACCAAAGAUGAGUUGGAAGAGAUGAACAAGGAGUCCUUGAAAGCAGUGAUUGCUGCACUAGAAGAGAAGACGCAAAACUCCUCGGUGGAUCUUUCAGUCAUUGAAGAGUACCGACGUCGGACGGCUGAGCAUGAGGCGCGUUCUGCUGACCUUGCUACGGCUCUGGAGUCUCGCGACAGUGCCAAGGCUCGUCUUGAUGGCCUUCGAUCAGCUCGACUGAACGGAUUCAUGGAAGGAUUUAGUACCAUCUCGCUUCGUCUGAAGGAGAUGUACCAAAUGAUCACCAUGGGUGGAAAUGCCGAGUUGGAAUUGGUCGACUCUCUUGAUCCCUUCUCUGAGGGCAUUCUGUUCUCCGUUAUGCCCCCCAAGAAGAGCUGGAAGAACAUCAGCAACUUGUCUGGUGGAGAGAAGACGCUCUCCAGUUUGGCACUUGUCUUCGCCUUGCACCAUUACAAGCCCACUCCUCUAUAUGUCAUGGACGAAAUCGAUGCUGCUCUCGACUUUAGAAACGUCUCCAUUGUGGCUUCGUACAUCAAGGAAAGAACCAAGAACGCACAGUUUAUUGUUAUUUCUUUGAGAAACAACAUGUUUGAACUUGCCUCGCGGCUUGUUGGCGUCUACAAGGUCAACCAUAUGACCAAGAGCGUUACGAUUGAGAACCGAGACUAUAUUACCGGUCGAUAAUGAUGUGGAACUGAACAUAUGCGUGAUGUUUUUACUUUGCAUGACAUUCAGAUACGAGUUAUUUGUAUGACAGGGAUCGGUGGGGGUGCUUUUGUGGUUCAAGGACUGGCAUUCGUCCUUUUCUAUCUCUUCUGGUGAUUUAUUUUUUGAUUACAAGCAGGAUCUGGUGAUAUUGCGCUGGUCUGGGUGUUUCGUGAUUACUUUGAUUCGGUGAAUCCUGAUC